AUGGCUGACAGAAAGUUCCUGGGCUUCAAACGGUCAAAGCGCGACUCGGAUGCGAGCAGUAUCGGCUCCACCGUCUCCAAACAGUCCACUUCCUCCAUCCGGACCAUCUCCGACAAGCUGUGGGGCCCCGAGAGCGGCCUGGCUCGAGCCUUUCGGGGACUCAACCGGAAAACGUCCCAUGUCCAAGAGCCCGUCUUCGCGGACCACUCCGACGGCUAUACCCACAAAGACCCCGCCAAGCGUUCCGUCUCCGAAUCGACCCUCAACAACUACAUCAUCGAGUCGCCGAGCGACAGCACGGACCUGCCCACGUCUCACCCUCAUCAGUGGGGGUAUGCCGCCCAGCACCACGACCCGUCGGCUGCUCAUGCUGCUUCGUCCUCGACCCCCGCUAUCGCCUCUACCAGUGCGCCGCCGUCCGCCCCGAUCGACAUCUCGCCCACCCAUAUGCACUUCAGGCCCUCGGACCGGAAGGACUUUUCCGGCGUCUACUCGGGCAGCUCCUCCGACUCGUCGCAGAUGGCCUACUCGUGGGAGCCCGGAAGUGAGAUGCGCAUGAUGGUCAGCCACGCUCCUUCGGGCGCUCACCACCCCUAUCCGCCGAGCUCGCAGACCUCCUCGGUCCAAGUCCCUGGCGCCAGUCCAUCGGCUUCGACCCAGACCUCAGCCUCGCCGGAUGACCUGGCCCAUGUCUCCGAUGGCUACAAGAACGCCGACAACGCCUUCGACGAGCCCGUGCGGCGGUCCUCUCGCCUCUCCACCUCCCACAAGAAGCCUCCGUCCUCGAACGAACACUGCAUCCCAAACCACCUCCCGCCUUUGACAGAAUCUCUUGAUCCCGCUCUGGCUGAGCCCCCGAGAAUCUCGUCCAACCUCCGCCGCCUCAGCUCGUCCCCGACCUUUGCCGACUCGGACCAGCACCACCGAAACCGACCCAGCCUCGCCCCAAUCCAGACCCAGCUGGGCCUGUCCUCGCUCGGCAUGCACCCGUCUCGGUCUUCCGGAGAUCUGAGCGUCGGCAGCGUGCUGCUUUCGCCCAUCCAGGAAGCCGAGGGCGAGUCCGAAACCACUCCCACCGAGCUCGUCGAUACCCCCGAGGGCAGUACAGCCCAGAGCAAGACGGCAGACGACCCCAAGCCAGAGUCAUCGUCGCCCACGUCAGGAUCCGGCACAUCUCUCCGCAGAGUCUCCACCCGCUCGAGGGCCAAGGCCCAGCUGUCGGCCAGCGUCGACGUUUUCCUGCCGAGUCUGAUCCUGCCGCCUCCCGAGGCUGCGGGGCUGCAGAGCAAAGAUGCUCCUGCGGGAGUGAGUCCGCUGCUCUCUCCCGAGACCAAGACCGUCCUCUCGCUCUCCGGAUCCAGCCGCACGAUCGAGGCUGAUUCGUCCCUGAACGUCCUCUGGGUCCCCGGCCACCUCAACACCGAGGCCGGGGCCAGUCCCUUUGCGGGCUCCGACUCGCUGCUCGAGGACCCGGCGAUCCAGUCGUGGCUCGCUAACCAGGUCGGCGAAGGCCCGCUUGUUCUGCGCAAGAGCAAGAACCGCGGCCCUGUCCGCCGAGCAAAAUCGUUUGUCGAGCGGCACAUCUCGAUCACCCCAGAGAACGCCCACGAGAUCCCCGAUACCGACGACAGGGCAAAGUCGCCCGAGUCCGAUCCGGAUGCCGCUGCAUCUCUGGCCGCCGGCGUUCCAGAGUCCAAGUCGCCCCGGAACCCCAAGGUACAUCGUGCCAAGACCGUCGAGGGCACCACCGUGUCCUCCACCAGUGCCGCCCGCCCGGCUUUCAAGGGUAUGGCUCCACUUCGCCGCAGCAAGCUUUCCCAGAAGAAAAAGUCCUCUGCCAGCAAGCCGUCCGCCGAGGGCGACGGUUCCUCCGAGUCAUCCGGACUGUCCCGUAGCAAGACCGGCAAACGGGUGCGCAAGUCGCUCAAUCGACCCAAGCCCGCCGAUGAGGUUAUCAGCAUCGAGGUCAUCAUGGAAUCUUCGGACGAGGCAGCCGCCCAGGUCGCUUCCAGCCCCAAGCCUGACGAGCUCGGUGGCAUCACAGCGAUCUCCACCGUCCCUGCCGUUGAUAGCGACAGGGCUGAUGUGGCCACAACCAUCGCCGUUGCCGUCGAGUCGGACAGGGUGCCCGAGUCCGACGCCUCCAGCUUUAUCUCCAUCAGCUCGAAAUCUGAGAUGCUUGCCGAUAGUCCCUCCGACAGCCCCUCGUCUCCUUCCUUCGAGACUGUGUCUGUGGAGCCCGAGGAGGACUCGCUCAGCGUCAUCAACAGUCUGCUCGAGGACUCUGCCUACUACGAAGACAGUCUCUCGACUGUCGAGUCGCCGGCGGCGUCAUCGUCAUCGUCGUCAUCAUCGUCAUCGUCGUCGCUCCACGGACCGGGUCCAUCCGAUUCGACCUCGCAAAAAGUCACCCUGCUGAUGGAGGGUCGCACCCAGCCCACCAGUCCCUUGGUGGUUGCGCCGCCGCGGCUUUCGUCGGCACCCACGCCAUCCCCAGAGGCCAAGCCCAAGUGGACGUGGCUGAGCGGCAUCCUGGGCUCCAAGAGCAAGGACGUCAAAGAGUCCAAGGACUCCAAGGACUCCAAGGAAGGCAAGAAAACCAAGAGCCGGAAGCAGUCUGGCAAAAAGUCCAAGGCCAAGUCCAAGGCCAAGCCCGAGACUCAUGUCGCUGCCUCGGGUGCGCCAACCGACUCGGACUACAACCCAUACCCGCAGGAUUCGCAGUGGGUCAAUGUCGAGAACAUCGAUCCCGAGGGCAUCAUCAUCGAUGGCAAGCCGCGGUUCGCCCCACACGUCGAAAAGUACAUUUACCGCAUGUCCCACAGCAAACUAGCGCAGCUGCGUCGCCCGCUCGUCCACCAGGUCCUCAUCACCAACUUCAUGCUGUACAUCCUGGCCGUCCAUGCCGAUGUCACCCUCAGCCGCGAUCCCCGUGGCCCGCGCGCUCGCAAGAAGGGCAAGAAGACCAGAGGGCAGCCGCGCAAGUCGUCCAUGAACCCCAAUAAUGUCGGCGACCGAGGCGGCCCCUCUUCCUUAUCGGCGCCGUCGCUGUCAUCGUCGCUGUCACCGAUGCACCCCGGCUCUGUGCACAUCGGCGCGCCGCCGCCACCUCCUAUCCAGAUGCCUGCCAACUAUGCCAACGAGUCGAUGGUGCUGCAGUCCUCCAAGCACAGCAAAUUCUCGAUGGGCAUGGGGCCGUUCAACCACCAGCAGCUGGCAUCAUCGGCAUCGGCAUCGCCAUCAUCGUUGUCGUCCCCAAACAUCGGCAAUGGCGCCUCCGCCGCCAACGGCGCAUCGGGGGCUCCUGGCCACCGCACGCCUGGACGUAGCUCCCCGGACCACUCUGCCAUGCACCAGUUCUUGUUCCAGUCGCCCUCGUCGUCAUCCAGCGCCACUGAGCAGCCGCCAGUGUCACCAAGCACUGGUGCCGCUGGUGCCGUCAACAUGGCCUGGCAGCACAGCGGACGCUCAGGACCCGGAUACGUCCAGCAUCCCUAUCCGUCCAACCGCGGAGAUCCUUAUUCGCCAAUGGCAGUGGCGGCGCCGCCGGUGGGAAACAUGCUGCCGAUAUCCUCGGCCAACGAUGAUGAUGAGGACGAGGACGACGUCCCGCUAGGCGUGCUGCAGUCUCGCCGAGCCAGCAUAUCGAGUCUGUCGAGCCUCAAGAGCGACCACUGA